AUUUGCACACACCACACAGUUCCUAUUUCAAGUAGGUGGCUGUGCAUCCCUGCUUUAUCUCUCCACCUCCUUUUCCAGUCUCUUCCCGUUCGGCAUGGCUUCUACAUCCCGGCUUGCCUCCUGUGCUGUGUGUGGAUCUGUGACAGCCAGAGUGCCCAGUCCCCAUGCAGGUCUCUGGCUGUGCAUGUGCUGGGGCUCAGCAGAGACGAGCUUUGCUCUGUGCAUCUGAGUCUGUCAUAUAUACAGGAAGCUCUGUUUGUGUCUGUGGUUUCUUUUGGUACUGCUGUGAAACUCCUCACUGAACAGACUGACUUCCUUCCCUCACUGAGGUGGCAGCAACUGACUUUUGAAAGCCAGAGCCUGUUGUAGUUGUGCUUUUCUUUUUGGCGCGGGUGACCCCAAGAAGAGUGAGUGAUCGAGGACGGCGCACAAGAUGUUCCUCAGGAGAGGGCCAGUACACGAAACGUCAAGGGAAUUGUGAGGCAUCAAACCUGGUGGUCAUGUAGAGUCCGAAUUUCUCUGAAGCCACGUUGAAGCCUGUGGAUCUAACCCUUUGGGGUGCUCUUGUUUUCCUUCCUUUGCUUGUUAUGGUGUUUUCCAACUUUGAGGCCACUUUCCUGUUUCAAACUAAAGAGGACCACCUUGUCGGUUCGUGAACGCUGGAGUUUGGAGGCCUGAAGAGACUUGCAAUGGGCAACGCAGCCGGGGGAAUGGACCUGCCUCUGCAGGGCAGGGAGGUGAAGAGCUCCUUGUCCGCCCCUGCUUCUGCUCCCACACAGAAGCAGCCGCCACAGCCCAAGCUUCCCAUGCCAGCUGAGGAAGAGCUGGAGGAGCGCUUUAAUGUGGUUCUGAACUCCAUGAACCUGCCGCCUGACAAGAUGAAGCUCCUCAGCCAGUACGACAAUGAGAAGAAAUGGGAGCUGGUGUGCGAUCAGGAGCGCUUCCAGGUCAAGAACCCGCCGUCCGCCUACCUCCUGAAGAUCAAGAGUUUCCUUGACCAGGGAGUGGUCAGUCGCAAGUUCAAGAGAAGAGUGCAGGAAUCAACUCAAGUGCUCAGGGAGCUGGAGAUCUCCCUGCGGACCAACCACAUAGGGUGGGCUCAGGAGUUCCUCAAUGAGGAGAACAAAGGGCUGGAUGUUCUUGUAGAAUACCUCUCCUUCGCUCAAUGUUCUGUGACGUAUGACAUGGAGAGUGUAGAUAAUGGUGGGCCAACGGUGGACAGAGGGAAGAAUCUGGAGAGGUCAGUUGAGGAUCUAACCAGGAGCGCUGGCAACUCCCCCACCCACGGUGCCUCCAAAGCCUCCCGCCACCUUACCGUCAGAUUCAAUUCUCUACACAGCAGGAAGGCCCUGCGGAACUCGCGCAUCGUCAGUCAGAAGGAUGACGUGCACGUCUGCAUCAUGUGUCUGCGUGCCAUCAUGAACUACCAGUCCGGAUUUAACCUGGUCAUGACCCACCCGCGGUGUGUGAAUGAGAUCACCCUGAGUCUCAACAACAAAAACCCCAGGACAAAGGCCCUGGUUCUGGAGCUGCUGGCAGCAGUGUGUCUGGUACGAGGAGGACAUGACAUCAUUCUCGCGGCCUUUGACAACUUUAAAGAGGUGUGUGGAGAAAAGAACCGUUUUGAGAAACUCAUGGAGUACUUCCGCAAUGAAGACAGCAACAUUGACUUCAUGGUGGCCUGUAUGCAGUUCAUCAACAUUGUGGUCCAUUCUGUGGAGAACAUGAACUUUCGGGUGCACCUACAGUAUGAGUUCACCCACCACGGCCUGGAUGAGUAUCUGGAGAAGUUGAAACACACAGAGAGUGACAAGCUCCUGGUGCAGAUCCAGGCCUACCUGGACAAUGUGUUUGACGUCGGGGCCCUGCUGGAGGACGCAGAGACCAAGAAUGCGCUGUUGGAACACAUGGAGGAACUGCAGGAGUUCAAUGCAAAGCUGAGUACUGAGAUGCAGAAGAGUGAGGAUGAGGCGAUGGAGAAGGUCGCCGAGCUGCAGAAGCAGCUGCUUCAAGCAAUGAAAGAAGUGGAGAUGCUGAAGGAGAGUCUUCGGGAGUCCUCCUCUCUGAUCAGCACGCUGAGGCAGAAGGAGCAGGACAGGGAACGUACUGCUCAGGCCACCUCCGAGCUGGAGAUCAAAGUGCAGGAGCUGCAGGACAAGGGAUUGAUCCGGGUGGCCCGAUCCAGUACUGGCUCCUUGGACAUCCAGGUCAUCCCCAUCACCAUAAUUGAGAUGGCCCCCACACCGCAAACAGGCCCAGUUGCUCAAACAGAUGUAGUGGACAAGGCAAAGCCACAGACACCCUCUGUCACACCCCCUGCCCCUCCUCCUCCCCCACCCACAAUUCCCUCAGACACACCCCCAGCUACCACAUUGAUCCUGCCUCCGCCCCCUCCCCCUCCCCCUCCACUGUCUGGCUCAGGUGCCCUACCCCCUCCUCCUCCUCCCCCUCCUCCAGGUGGAGCCAAUGGGCUAGUUCCACCCCCUCCUCCACCUCCAGGAGGUCUUCCUGCUGACAGUUCUUCUCAAGGAUGCAAAGCCAAGAAGCCCAUCAAGACUAAGUUCCGUAUGCCACUGCUUAACUGGGUGGCUCUCAAACCCAAUCAAGUCUCUGGCACUGUUUUCAAUGAGAUCGACGAUGAGCAUGUUUUAGGGGAUCUGAACAUGGAAAUCUUUGAGGAACAGUUCAAGACCAAGGCUCAGGGCCCACCUGUUGAUCUGGGUACCCUAAAAAUGAAGGUGGUCCAAAAGGCUCCCAGCAAAGUGUCCCUCAUUGAGUCCAACAGAGCCAAGAACCUGGCCAUCACCCUGCGCAAGGGAGGGAUGAGUGCCCCAGAUAUCUGCACUGCUAUAGAGACGUACGACCUACAGUCCCUGAGCCUGGACUUCCUGGAGCUGCUGGAACGGUUCAUCCCCACGGAUUACGAGCUGAAACUGAUCCGCAACUACGAGAAGGACGGAAAGCCUCUGGACGAGCUGUCGGAGGAGGACCGCUUCAUGAUGCGCUUCAGCAAGAUCCCACGCCUGGCCGAGCGCCUCAGCACCCUCACCUUCAUGGGCAACUUCCCCGACACCGUGCAGCUGCUCAAGCCGCAAUUAAAUGCCAUUAUAGCUGCAUCUAUGUCCAUUAAAUCUUCAACCAAACUGAAAAAGAUUUUGGAGAUCAUCCUGGCAUUUGGUAACUACAUGAACAGCAGCAAGAAAGGGGCAGCAUAUGGCUUUCGGCUCCAGAGCCUGGAUAUGCUGCUGGACACCAAAUCCACUGACCGCAAGCAGACUCUGCUGCACUACAUUGUUGGUAUCAUCCAGGAGAAAUACCCUGAUCUCAGCUCUUUCCACACAGAGCUCCGUUUUGUGGACAAGGCAGCGGCAGUGUCUUUGGACAGCAUCCUGCAGGACCUGCGCACUCUCCAGAAGGGCAUGGAGGUGACCCGGAAGGAGUUCAUGGUGCAAGAUGACAAUGCAGUCCUGAAGGAGUUCUUGAAGAACAGCAACGACGUGCUGGACAGCCUGCAGGCUGAUGGCAGGACCGCUCAGGAGGCGUAUGAUUCUGUGGUGGAGUAUUUUGGGGAGAAUUCCAAGACCACACCACCCUCCAUGUUUUUCCCUAUGUUUGUGCGAUUCAUCAAGGCCUACAGGCAAGCAGACCAGGAAAAUGAACAGCGGAAGAAGCAGGAGGCUUUGGCCAGUGAAGGUGGAGAGAAACCUGCAACUCCCACCAAGACCGAACAGGCUGGACAGAAGCCUGCCAUGAUGAAGCUGCCCCAGAUGGAUCUGAUUGCAGAACUGAAGAAACGCCAGACGAAGCCCCUGGUGAGGGAGGGCAAAGACGGAGCCAUUGAGGACAUUAUCACAGACCUGAGGAACCAGCCGUACAGAAGAACAGACGGAGGCCGGCGCAGCGCCAAGAAGCGAACCAAUGGACAACAGCUCCAGGUCUCCUCGGACAUCUCCCUGUGACCUGGACCCAGUGCACAGCCACCUGCAGCCUCUGUAUGCCAAUGACCAGUUACAGGCAUUGCCUAUGUGACCUGUUCUUCCACGAGGGAAGUGCUUUUAUCAGAGUCCCCAGUCUGGUUCUUGAACUGGCUUCUAUUUCCAAUGGAGCUGAUUGUGAUCAGACCUGGAAAACAUUGACAACUCCGAAGAUUCCUAUUUAAAAAUGCGCUGUAUUUUGAGCACAGAGUGACUCUUAUUUCCCAUUACAGUACUAAAGAUGUAAUUUUAAAUGUGAGGCUGAUCAUGGGAAGCAACUUGGUUAGACCAAGGCUACCUCAAGAUAUCAAAGUUAUUUAAUAAAAUGCCCAAUGCAGAUAGGUAUAUAAUAUAUACAGGUACACCUUAUUAAACCCAAUGUGGAUAAACAUAAUAUUUACUCUUUUAAGACACACAAUGACGUACAUUUCUUGCAAAAAUAACUUUUGAACUUUUGGGUUUGAAAUUAAUCUGCGGUCUUCGCAAUGAAAUCACUAAAUACAUUAAAAUAAAGGUAAAUUAUUUUGAUAAGCCAAGGAUAUCUGGUCUUGCCUACUCUUAAAAAUAACUUUAAGAGAGUCUUGGCCUACAAAGUAUCCAACACAGUACAAAUAUACAUAGAUCCGUAAAACAGGAACGGUCCUCAAAACACUUCAAGUAAAAAUAUCCAACUGGAAGUCAUACAUUUUCAGCUGACACUUGAAACAGACAUAUAUAUUUAUAAAUUCUCUUAUGCAACUGAAGAGGGAAACAAAAGCUAACUGUAACUCUGUGUUUAAGAAAAAGAAGAUCAGUCCAUAAGAUAUUUAUUGAAAAUGUUUAGCCUGUAUUUCUCAUUUCUGGACAGCAAACUUUAACUGUAGAGGGCAGGUGUCUGAAAUCCUAACCUGGAUGACUACAGUGUCUCUGGUUUCUCUUUCAGAUACUGAUUCUUAUCAGGUUUACUAUAUAACUAAUUGAUUAGCAUUACCAUCUUCGUUCAGCAGGUUAGAGAUUAAUGACACCUACAACACCUGUCCAUAGAGCUUUGAAACAUUUGGGCUGUCUGUUUUAUCCUUGUAAGACAUAGCAGCACUAAGCUUGCUCCCUUUAAACAUACUCUAUAGAUUGUAAUAUAAACGCCUUUGACAACUGUAUUUAAAAAUAUUUUUCAAUAUUUUCCAAUAUUUCAUGAGAAUUAGCUACUCAUAAUAACCACAGCACAUCUCAUCACUGAAGUUUAAUUUCUGAAUGGUAAAUAAUAAAUGAACAAGUGGAAGACUUCUUACAUGUACAGGCUGUAUUGUAUUUUACUUAGAAAUGGGAAAUGUACCUGGCUUGAAAACUGUAACUGGCUGCCGUCAAUUCUGUGAUCGCUGGUUUGCCUGGGCUUUUCUGAGACACAAGAUUGCACAGGCAGAGCUUCUUUGUCCAGGUGCUAGAACAUCAUUUGUACAAUUAAUGCUUUUUUAAAUCAAGCAAGAGUUACCCCAGGCAUUUUUUAAAAGCUAUCUUUGUUAUUUUUUUUGUA